AUGCAGGUCGAAGGCAAGAUGUUUCCGAUGCACACAACCCCACUCAGCGGACAGUUGCGAUGUUCCUUACUUCUAGACCUUUUAGACGACCUUAACCUAUGCGUUCUGAACAAUGGCUGCCCGACUAGAAGAUGCUCCCCAUCUCAGAAUCCGGCCACCGCGGUGGAUGGAAUCACCCCUGACUCUUGGAAGGAACAAAUUGUUAUUCCUAUACCGAAGCCAGGGAAGGACCCUUUGGAAUAUAGUUCCUACCGCCCUAUUGCCUUAUCCUCUGACCUUCUAAAAAUCAUGGAACAUAUGAUUAGAAACCGUCUAGAAUGGUUCGUGGAGUCUCGCGACUCUCCUACAGCUCCUCAAGAAUUCAGAAAUAUUUUGGCUGAACACUGGCAGGGCUGGCUCACGAUGUACACAGAUGCGUCCAAGCUCGUUGAUGACGGCUGUGUCGGCGCAGCAGUGUGGAUACCUGUGUNCACCCCUGACUCUUGGAAGGAACAAAUUGUAAUUCCUAUACCGAAGCCAGGGAAGGACCCUUUGGAAUAUAGUUCCUACCGCCCUAUUGCCUUAUCCUCUGCCCUUCUAAAAAUCAUGGAACAUAUGAUUAGAAACCGUCUAGAAUGGUUCGUGGAGUCUCGCGGUAUUCUGGCGAAGUCUCAAUUUGGUUUUCGCAAAGGUCUAAGUACUCUGGACAGCCUAAGCAUCUUAACUACUGACAUCAGAUUGGCAUUCAAAAAUAAGGAAUACCUAGUGGGAAUUUUUUUGGACAUUUCUUCUGCUUACGAUAACGUCCUACUUCCAGUACUCAGGCAAAAAUUGCUACAUCUGAGUGGCUCGGAGAAGUUGGUUCGUUUCAUCUGUAACUCAUUAAUGGCAAGAUCUGUUUCAAUUAAAUGUCAAAAUAUCACAUCCCCGCCCCGUCUACUCUGGAAGGGUCUACCCCAAGGAUCCGUGCUCAGCCCACUUCUUUACAACAUAUACACCUACGAUCUUGACCAAGCUGUGGAUUCCUUCUGCAAUAUCCUACAGUACGCCGAUGAUAUUGCUCUUUACAUUACAUCUAAAUCAAUAGAUCAGGCAAACACACGUCUUAAUGCCGCUCUGAACUACCUCGGCGACUGGAUGACGACUCACGGCCUAUCCAUCUCUGUGCCGAAAUGCUGUUGCGUUACUUUCACUCGGAAACGGCACAUUCCAGACAUCGAGGUAUACUUAGACGGUGAUCCUAUUCCCAGCUGUAACCAGGUCAAAUUCUUGGGUCUGAUCCUAGAUACUAGACUAACAGGUGUCGCUCAUUUUAACUACAUCCUUAAAAAGGCGGAAAAAGGAAUCAACGUUAUACGCGCCCUCUCUGGCACUUGGUGGGGGGCUCAUCCCUACUCUCAAAAGCUUCUUUACAACGCCAUUGUUCGCAGUCAUUUUGACUACGCGUCUUUUCUCCUGGACCCUUGCAAUAAAGUUCCCCUCGAUAAAUUAUCCAAAAGUCAGUCAAAGUGCCUACGUAUAAUUUUGGGAGCCAUGAAAUCAUCGCCUAUAAACGCGUUACAAGUUGAGUGCGUUGACCCUCCCCUCUAUUUACGUAGACAAUAUCUCAGCGACCGCUUCUUCGUUAAGGUUGCUCAGAAUGCUUUCCAUCCUCUUAUAGAAAAACUCGAGUUUCUCUCCUCUACUAAUAAUCCAUCAUCUUCACAAAAAACUCCCUGCAUUCUCCUAAGCCUCCAGAAAUUUGGUCGUCUCCCGUGUCCCAUUACUAAAAUUGAUAUUUCCCCCCUCUUCUCCAACAGCUUCGAAUCAUUAGUAUUUCAACCUCCUAUUAUCCUUAAUUUUGGUAUUUCAAAAGACUCUCCUACAGCUCCUCAAGAAUUCAGAAAUAUUUUGGCUGAACACUGGCAGGGCUGGCUCACGAUGUACACAGAUGCGUCCAAGCUCGUUGAUGACGGCUGUGUCGGCGCAGCAGUGUGGAUACCUGUGUACAAAGUCGCACUUAGUUUUAAAUGUCCCCCUGUUACAUCGGUUUUCACCGGUGAAGCAAUAGCAAUUCUAGAAGCCAUACUUUAUGCGAAAUCUCAUUCACUAAAUAAUGUUUUAAUUUUCUCGGACUCCCUUAGUUGUCUCCAAUCAAUUCUGGCUAACCCUUUCAAAUCUAAAGUAAAAUUUCCCACCGUUCUAAAAAUAAGACAAGCCCUUUUCGAUUGCCGUUUGAAAGAUAUCAAUGUAGUAUUGGCUUGGAUUCCUAGUCACAGAGGAAUCCCGGGUAACGAAUCUGUCGACUCAUGUGCUAAACAUGCCAUAACCUUCGGUUCACUGGAGCAUUAUUCUUUAUUUUCUCACGAUGCUGCAUCUCUCUCCCAAGCCCAUCUCUAUAAAUCGUGGAGAAUACAUUGGGACAACUCAAAAAGGUUGGCUGGCAAAUAUUACGCAGACAUUCAGAAGGAUAUUCCCCCUAGACCAUGGUUUUUUAAAUAUAAACACUUACCUAAAAGUACUGUCUCUAUUAUAUGUCGGUUGCGAAUUGGUCAUGCGUGUACUCCGGUUCACUUAGCGAAGAUGCACAUAAAGGAUAGUUCCUUGUGUGAAUGUGGCUUAGACGAAGGUACUCACACAAAUAAUUUAGCUUAACAUUUUAAACUUAAACAUUUUUGA